AUGUGGCGAUCCCUUCUGCGCCUCUCGCAAAGCUACCCGAAAGGGUCUUUUCACGAAGGCCACAUCAACCCUUUCGCCGACGUCCAAUGGAUAAGCCGGCCGUUCAUGAAACGUAAUAUGCCAAGAGACCACCACCCCCUUGCUAAACAGCACACCAGUUUGAAGGCUGUGACGAUGCUGGAUGAAGAGAGUGGCAACCACUGGCAUGUCCUGGACGGCAAAGGAAGGAGCGUUGGAGGCUUAGCGGCGCAAGUCGUUCGUCUUCUCCAAGGGAAACACCGCGUCGACUUUACGCCGCGAACUGCGGCGGGAGACAGCGUCAUCGUGGUGAACGCCAUUCAUCUCAAGAUGGCGGGUCACACAUGGGAUACCAAGGUGUACAAAUUCGAUCGUAAAACUCACCCCGGGGGGCCGAAGAUCAUCACGGCCAAGACGAUCAUGGCCCGGAACCCUGCUAUGAUUCUCAACUUGGCUGUGAAACGCAUGCUGCCACCUAAUCGACUCCGGCCUGUCAUGUACAGAAAGUUGUUCGUCUAUGCAGGCGCCUUGCAUCCUCACUGGCAAGUCCCCCAGGUCAUCGUCCCUGCCAAGCCCCCAGCGGAGGUUUCCUUCUUGCCUUUUUCCGUCGAACGCGCGGAUCCUGUUCAAGCGGCUGCGCGUAUUGCAGCCCUAGGGGAAAGUAUGAAGACGGCAGCAGACUAG